AUGUCGAUCACCGUCACCGAACUUGACAACACUGUCAAGGCCUUCCAGGAAGGAAAAGGCGACGUACAGAAACAAGCACAACAACAGCUCAACGAGUUCAAACAAAACCCUGAUGCAUGGUUGAUGGUAGAUAAGAUUCUGCAAGAGGCUCAGUAUAUGCCAACAAAAUACCUUGGUCUACAAGUUCUAGACGACGUCGUAAACACAAGAUGGAAGAUCCUACCACGAGAUCAAUGCUUGGGCAUCAGAAAUUUUGUCAUCAACCAGAUCCUCGAAGCCUCCACAACCGAAGAGAGCCUCAAGGCAAACCGCGUGUUCGUCAACAAACUAGAUUUGACCCUAGUCACAAUCUUGAAACAGGAAUGGCCGCAGCACUGGCCAAACUUCAUCAACGAAAUCAUCACCUCGUGUCAUAGCAGUCUUUCCGUCUGCGAGAAUAAUAUGACAAUUCUGCGGUUGCUAUCAGAGGAGGUCUUCGACUUUUCAGCAGAACAACUAACGUCCAGCAAGGCUAAGAGCUUGAAACAGUCUAUGUGCCACGAGUUUUCAAACAUCUUCUCGCUGUGCAAUGAGGUUCUUACCACGGCCAACUCGAUACCGCUAGUCAAGGCCACACUCGAGACGUUGUUGCGCUUUCUCAACUGGAUCCCUCUUGGCUUCAUCUUCGAAACGACUCUCAUCGACACACUGAUCACUCGUUUCCUCGAAGUUGAUCACUUCCGAAACGUGACUCUCAAAUGCCUUACAGAGAUCGGCAGUCUACAGCUAGGCCAGCAACGCCAAUACGACGAGAAAUUGGUACAGAUGUUUACAGAAACUCUGACAGUUGUUGCGAGGACAAUACCAGUCGACUCAAACUUUAGAGAAUUGUAUGCAAAGAGUCGUUCAAGCGAGCAAGAAUACAUCCUGAAUCUAGCGAUAUUCUUAUGCAACUAUUUUGGCGCUCACGUUAAUCUCGUCGAGAAGCUCCCAAAUCCAGAUUACCUCGUACACGGCCAUUUCUACCUCAUAAAAAUCAGCUUGAUCGACGACCGUGAAAUCUUCAAGAUUUGUCUUGAAUAUUGGACCAAAUUGGUACAGGAACUAUACGAAGAGAUGCAACAGUUGCCGAUGACAGACAUAAACCCGCUUGUCAACAUGGGUGUCAGUGGAUUAGCAAAUGGUAGUGCCUCUCAUCCUAGCUCUCUUGCCAAUUAUCCUCUACGAAAGAACAAGUACAACCAAAUCUUGUCGAACCUACGAAUGGUCAUGGUUGAGAAGAUGGUGCGACCUGAAGAAGUUCUGAUUGUCGAGAACGACGAGGGUGAAAUUGUUCGUGAAUUUGUGAAAGAGAGCGACACGAUUCAACUAUACAAGACUACGAGAGAGUGCUUAGUCUACCUGACACAUCUGGACGUUGCCGACACAGAAAACAUCAUGAAUGAAAAGCUGCAGCGGCAAGUCGAUGGUACUGAAUGGUCAUGGAACAACUGCAAUACCCUCUGCUGGGCAAUUGGUUCUAUAUCUGGCGCCAUGAACGAAGAAACCGAGAAACGAUUCCUUGUGACAGUCAUCAAGGAUCUCCUCGGUCUUACGGAAAUGAAACGAGGCAAGGACAACAAAGCUGUGGUGGCCUCUAACAUUAUGUAUAUUGUUGGACAAUACCCACGUUUCCUCAAGGCGCACUGGAAGUUUCUGAAGACUGUCGUCAACAAGCUAUUUGAGUUUAUGCACGAGUCUCACGAGGGCGUCCAGGAUAUGGCUUGUGAUACAUUCAUCAAGAUUGCUAACAAGUGCAAGCGACAUUUUGUCGUACUGCAAGCUGGAGAGGGUGAGCCUUUUAUCGACGAGAUUAUUCGCAACAUGCGCAAGAUCACAUGUGAUCUGUCGCCACAGCAGGUUCACACAUUCUAUGAAGCUUGUGGAUUCAUGAUUUCAGCACAGGGACAGAAACCCAUUCAGGAUCGCCUGAUCGAGAAUCUGAUGUCGUUACCUAAUCAAGCAUGGGACAGCAUCAUCGAGCAGGCGAACAAGGACCCCUCUAUAUUGCAAGACGCAGAGACAAUCAAAGUCAUUGGCAACAUCAUGAAGACUAACGUAGCAGCCUGUUCCUCGAUUGGAAGUUAUUUCUACACACAGAUUGGUCGAAUUUACCUCGAUAUGCUCAAUAUGUACCGAGCCUCUAGUUCGUUGAUUUCGGAUGCAGUGGCUAGCGGAGGUAAUGUCCAGACGAAAACACCGAAGGUGCGCGGUCUUCGCACAAUCAAGAAGGAGAUUCUGAAGCUCGUCGAUAUCUAUGUUCAGAAAGCCGAGGAUCUGCAGAUGGUGAAUGAGAGCAUGGUACCGCCAUUGCUAGAUGCCAUUCUCCUCGACUACCAACGUAAUGUUCCUGAUGCUCGAGACGCAGAAGUGCUUAGCGUUACAACUACGAUCAUUCACAAACUUCAUCAAUUGAUGGAAGACAAGGUCGCGCCAAUCUUCGACAGCAUAUUCGAAUGCACACUCGACAUGAUCAACAAGGAUUUCCACGAGUACCCCGAGUUCCGAGUCGAGUUUUUCAAGCUUUUGCAAGCGAUCAACUUGUUCUGCUUCGGUGCGUUACUCAAGCUCGAUGGCCGACAAUUCAAACUCAUCAUCGAUUCGUGCAUGUGGGCCAGCAAGCACGAUAAUCGAGAAGUCGAAAAUACUGGUCUUGCCAUGUGCCUUGAGCUCAUUAACAACAUGGCAGAAGUCGAGCCACAAACCUCAGCCAUGUUCUUCCAGCAAUUCUACACUUCCAUUCUGCAAGAUGUCUUCUAUGUUGUCACUGAUUCUGACCACAAGUCUGGUUUCAAAUCACAGUGCAUGCUUCUGGCACGCAUGUUUCAGCUUGUGGAGCAGAACAGAAUAACGCAACCACUUUACAAGCCGGACCAAGCAGCACCUGGUACGUCCAACAAGCAGUUCGUAUCGGAAUACACUGCCAAUCUGCUGCAACAGGCCUUCCAAAAUCUUCAAGCGCCACAGAUUCAACACUUUGUGUCAGGACUGUUCGCACUUAACGAGGACCCGAACAAGUUCAAGACUCAUGUGCGUGACUUCUUGAUCUCACUCAAGGAAUUCGCUGGAGACAACGCGGAUCUCUUUGCAGAAGAUCGUGAGCAGGAGAAGCAGGAGCUGGCAGAAGCAGAAAGAGAGCGAAACAAGAAAGUGGGCGGACUAAUCAAACCAGCAGAUCUCGACCAGGAUGAUGAUCUGUGA